AAGAUCAAACACCCCAAAUAAAAAAUAUUCAGAAAUGGAAAAAAGCCAAAGAUGUAACAAAGACACAAACACCAACAUUGGCUUUUGCCUUCUUCCUUCUGAACUCAUACAAAACAUUUUAUUCCACCUUUGUAUACCUGAGAUCAUCCGAAUGAAACUACUCAAUAAGUUUGUUCUAACCACAAUCUCUGACCAGAGUUUCAUCCGACAACUCAACGACGGAUCACAGAGAGACACGUGGAUCUUCGUCUACACGAGGCGUUGGCGUCGAGACAACGGUGUUCUCCACGGAUUCUCUGACCGAUCUGUACGGUGGUUCAAGAUUCCGGUGGCUGAAAUUUUGACCGGAGAGAUUUUCCCCGGCGAAGAUUUAUAUUUACUAACAGCUAGCGGUAACUUUCUUCUCUUUGCUUCUAAUACUCAUAGUGGAAUCAUAGCCGUUGAUUUGGUGGACAAGAGCGUUAGAAGAAUCAGCUCAUGCCCGUUAGGUCCACGUGGAACUUCGUCUUGGAGGCGAUCCGGUAUGAAGCUUGUGCCCGAUCCAUCUGAUCCAGGUCAUUUCCGGUUUAUGUUUGCUGAGAUGGUGAAUAACCGACCGGUUCUAUUUACUUAUCAUUCUAAUACAAACACGUGGCAUACUAAAGAAGCAGAAAAUCCGAAUAAUUUGGGUUUUAAGAAAAACAGUAGUAGUAAUGUAUUUUUAAGCUUAUCAAAUCGACCUCACGAGAGUAUCGUGAUGUGCGUGGACGAUGAGUCGAUGACAAAUCGGUUUCCGGCGAUUUUGAGACCGAGGAUAAACCAAGACGCGAUCAAGGAAUGUCCGUCAAGUGUGGGAUUCAGCAGGAACGAUCUGGAGAGUCAAUUGUUGCAUAUACAUGGAGAUGAAUACAAAGUGGUUAUUAGAUUAGACAAGAUAGAAUUAUCAAAGAUGAAGAAAAUGAAGAGUUUAGAGGUUUGGGAAAUAAGCUCGAAUGGUGAGAAGUGGGAGUUAGUGUCAAGAGCUCCAAGUGAAGUGAUCAGCAACAAGCCUUGUGGCGUGAUGAUGGGAUGCUUAGAGAGGAGAUUAGGGGUGAUUAGAGUGGCUCUAAUGACAAAUCAUGAGGGUUUGUGGAAUAUCAUUUGGUUGGAUUAUGAUAAAGUGAGGGAUAAGUGGGAAUGGGUCCCGCUAUCUCAUUGUAGAUUCUUGCAAGGAUCAAAUAUGGCCGGUAUUAGCUUCUCUUCUGGCCUCACUUUUUCUUUGUAACAUCACUUAAAAAGUUUAAUAUAAAUGUCGGUAUCAAUAAGCCGACCAUACGCUUUUUUUUUGUAUAUGAUUG